AUGGGAAGAACGCCAGCCUAUGUUAUAUCGGAUCUGGACAUUCUGAAGGAGGUGUUUGUCAAGAGCUUCAACACUUUCAGAAACCGUAUGAAAUUGCCAUUCGUGCCCCACCCAUUCAAUUUGGGUGUGGUUUUCUUAGACGAUGAGCACUGGCGGAGAGUGAGAGGUAUUAUAACACCGAGCUUCAGCAGCGGCAAACUGAGGAAGGAAACAGAAAUGAGCUGUGUAGGGUUCAAUUGUCAGCACAUAUCAUUUGAAACCGGCUUCGGGCUGCUCACCUUCGUAUUAGACGACCAUAUCGCUGAACUGUUUCGACGCCAUUACAUCGACGUCAGUGCUCUGGGUCCGACGACACCUCCGAUGGACUGUGUGUUCAGUGAUGAAUCAAGAUUUACCCUCAGAUUCGCUGACGAACUCUCACAACUAACUUCUCUAAAGCCUUUGGGAAAAAAGGAAGGGGCGAUCAUGAAAAACUACUUUGGAGCUUACACCAUGGACGUGAUUGCACGGACUGCCUUUGGUAUACAAGUCGAUUCUCAGAACGAUUUCAACAAUGAAUUUGUCGCGAAUGCUAAGAUGAUGUUUACACAAUCCAAGCCAAGAAGACUUCUACCAAUAGUAGCACGCUUCUUUCCACCAUUGGUGUGGGUUAUCCGGAAAAUUGGAGUUGGAAUAUUUCCAAGUAGAGUCAUGCACUUUUUUCAAGCCAACAUCUUGGAAAUGAUCAAACAACGACAGAACGAAUCAAAGGAAAAUCGAGAGCAAAGAAUCGACUUCCUGCAACUCUUGGUGGACGCUGAGAUAACGGACGAUAAAGAUAAACAUGAAAAUGGUCAUACAUACAAUGGGCAGGCCUCAGAGAAACAUACAGCUAGACGUUUAACAACGGAUGAAAUAGUUGCCCAAGGGAUAUUGUUCUUCAUUGCUGGAUACGAAACAACGGCUUCCACGCUGACCUUUGCAUCGUACAAUCUCGCUAUGAACCCGGAUGCUCAGGAGAAGGCGUAUAAUGAAAUCAAAGAAAUGCUUGGAAAUGAGGAACCAAGCUACGACAACAUAGGGAACCUGAAGUAUCUGGACAACGUCAUCACUGAGACGCUCCGACUGUACUCGCCAGUUGUUGCAUUGCAUCGCAGAGCUUCUGAGAAUAUUCAGAUCAAGGACCUGACAAUCUAUGAGGGUCAAACUGUCUUCGUCCCUGCAUUUGCGCUACACAGAGAUCCUAAGCUCUUCAAAGAUCCAGAUUCCUUCAAACCUGAAAGACAUGAUGAAAAAUCCAACCCAUUGUCCUUCUUGGCGUUCGGAUACGGUCCAAGAAACUGUAUUGGGAUGCGUCUGGCGCUGGUUGAGGCUAAAAUAGCCCUGGUUCAUGUUCUGAGAGCUGUGCAGUUUGAACGUAUGCCGGAUACACAGGAAGUAUUGACGUUUACUGAUUCCAACAUUCUUCAAACAGAGAAGGACAUCAAGCUGAAAGUAUCUCCAAGAUGCUGAGUAAGAGGAAGAGGCACCUGCAGUC